GCAGAUCCCAAUUCCCUUCGCCGUCGCAGAUAAAAAUCCCCAAUCCCACGCGUCUUCUCCUAGCCCACCAUCUCUCUCGACUCGAGCCGCUUCUUCCGCGAGAGCCCGAAACCCUAGCCCGUCCCGCUCUCGCCAUGGCCGGCGGCAAGAUGAAGGAGCACGACGGCGCCAGCCCAGCCAAGAUCUUCAUCGGCGGACUGCCUAAGGACACCACCAUGGGUACUUUCAAAGAAUACUUUGGGAAGUAUGGGGAGAUAGUGGAUGCUGUCAUAAUGAAGGACCGCUUUACCCAGAAACCAAGAGGAUUUGGAUUUAUUACCUUUGCAGAUCCUGCUGUUGUUGACAGAGUGAUUGAAGACAACCAUGUUAUUAAUGGAAAGGAGGUUGAAAUUAAGAGAACUAUUCCAAAGGGUGCUGCCCCCCUAAAAGAUUUUAAAACGAAAAAGAUAUUUGUUGGUGGAUUACCCUCUGCUUUGAAAGAAGAUGAAUUCAAGGAGUUCUUUUCGAGGUUUGGAAAGGUGUUGGAACAUGAAAUCAUCCGUGACCAUUCAACCAACCGGUCGCGUGGAUUUGGAUUUGUAGUCUUUGAUGCAGAAAAAACUGUAGACGAAUUAUUAGCUAAGAAAGGCAAUAUGAUUGAUCUAAAUGGUUCUCAGGUGGAGAUCAAGAAGGCUGAACCAAAGAAACCAUCUAACCCUCCUCCCCGUUCAAUUGAUAGUGAACCUAGGGGCCGUCCACAUGCGGAUGGUUAUGAUGGAUUUGGCAGCUCUUAUAAUUAUGGUGGUAGCUUUGGCCCCUAUAGAUCACCUGGAAGUUUUGGCACUAGGCAUGGCGGUUACAGUAGUUCUUAUGGUCCUGGUGACUAUGCUAGCGGCUAUGGUGCUUAUGGCGGAGCAUUAGGAGGAUAUCGUGGAGAAUCGUCCCUCUAUUCUAGUCGCUUUGGUAGCAGUUAUGGAGGAAAUUUCAGUGGUGGUUAUGGUGGUGGCAGUUAUGGUGGUGGUUUAGGUGGUGCAUUUGGGCGUGAUGUUGGGGGUUUUGGUGGUUCUAGCUAUGGCCCUAGUUAUGAUUCUUCUUCAGGACCUGAUCCUGGUGUUGGCUUUGGCACUGGUGGACUCUAUGGUGCUAGAGGAGGCUAUGGUAGCAGUGGUGGUUCUGCUGCUGGUCGUUACCAUCCAUAUGCAAGGUAGACAGCGACAGGUGAUGCCAUGUGUUAGAUAAGCUUGCAGAAGGUUGGUGCUAGACAAGACGAGAAAUUAUCUGCAGCUAGAAAAGAGUUGAAGUUUAAUCUGCUAAGGUUGUGUGCCACUCUUGUUAGAUUGGCUCUGCUAAGGUUGCUGUACCACUCCUAUUAGACUGGCUUGUAGAAUUUAAAAGCACUUUUCAGUAUUUAGAAUUCAAGAAAUCGUGCAUGUGCUUUGACUAGAUAGCAAAGUCAGUAUGAAUUGAAGCUAGCUGUUAGUUUUAGCUCGUAUUUAGUUGAUUUGAGUUGCAACUGGAGCAUAUAUUCUGUAGAUCUUUGCCAUCCCUAGCCUUGGUAUGAUGACUAAAAAGCUUCUUGAUUC